GUAUGUUGCAUGUGUUGUGUAUUGUGUGUGUAUAUGUGAGUGCGAAGGUCCAGGGUGUGUGGAGAGAGAAAGAGAGCUGGUGUGGUUUUAUUAAGGUAUUUGCUGUUGCCGAGGUUCUUGAGGAAUUUCCUCCGGAGAGAAAGUUGCAGAUGAGCGUUGUGGCGAAAUGUAAACACGGUGUGUUGAGGUUCGGAUAAAGUAAAAAAUGGCAGAAUCUGAAGAUAGUUCAGCAUCGCCAGAUAGUACAACAAAGGAGCGCCUUGGAUUUGUCCACGGUGAAGAUGUUCUCCUUCAGCACAAAGAUGGAAAAUACUAUCUUGGAACAAUUGUGGAGGUGGACAUGGCAGGAGAGAGAUGUCGUGUUAAAUUUUUGGAUAACACAUCCUCUUGGUCAUCAAUUAAAGAGCUGACAAAAUUAGCAUCAGAAUCAGAUGUCACAUGUGUCCUAUGUAAAAAGUCUCAACCUAAAACAGAAAAUGACAUUGUUACAUGUGAUAAAUGUGGCCGGGGGUAUCACCAGUUUUGCCAUCUGCCUCAAAUCAAAAAAGAAGAAACACUUCCCGAUGCACAUUGGCAAUGUAGAAAAUGUUGUGACUCUCAGCAGCCUAAGGGUACUAAAGAAAUUAAAAAAUCUAUGGUCAAACCAAACAUUAGGAAACUGUGCAGUGGAAGGGAUCAACCUCUUCCUCCCCCAGAUGAUAAAACAAAGUUACCGUAUGAUCCUGAAAUGCUGAACUGGGAUGCACAUCACAGAGUAAAUGCUGAGCAAAUCUACUGUUAUUGUGGUUUAAAUGGUGAAUGGUAUACCCAGAUGUUGCAGUGUGCUCGUUGUAAACAAUGGUUUCAUGAGAAAUGUAUUGGCUGUUUGACUUACCCUCUGUAUAGUGGUGACAGAUUUUAUGUAUUUGUUUGUUCAAUGUGCAAUUACGGCAAGGAAUUUGUACGGCGGUUAGAAUUAAAGUGGGUUGAUCUUGUACAUUUAAUGUUGUACAAUCUAACAGUGUACAACGCGAAAAAGUACUAUGACUUGGAUACUGUGAUUGUUCCUUACGCAAAUGACAACUGGAACACAUUGCAGUUACCUCCAAGAAUCCGCGAUGUGACUGCUCAAGUCCGUAAGGAAUCCAUACUCGCGAUACUUACAAAUAAUAGAAAUAGGUUUAAGUGCGGUAGAGAAAUAAAAAAGCGCACGACAAUUUGGGGAUUGAGGGUGAGAUUGCCGCCACCAUGCCCAGUUGUCAAUCUUCCUUCAACCGGAGUCAUCGAUGACUCGGUUUUGCGACGAUGUUGGGGCGCCAGCAAAAGACUGCAAUUCCUUUCUCCCACUACUGAGCCUGUAGCUUUGCCAGAAAGUACAAAGCAAUUACACACAUUGAAGCAAAGCUUAGCUGAAAGUGUGGAGAUCGCGGUAAAUCCAUCAGACGUUGUUAUGCGGGGUACAAUCUAUCAAAAUUCAGAGGUUGACCAAAGCUCUAGUUCGAGUCCGACUAAUCAAAUCACUCAAACCUUAAGAGAAAGCGAUAACGAAAAACUGACCCGCAGAUAUAGUGGCGGUGGCUUUGUGAAGAAAUCCGUGCCAUUUCCAAAGCUCAGCCUGCAAAGGCGACGUCGACUCAUGGCGUUGGGUAGUUCGCGCGAACGAAUACUACGCAAACACAAAAAACGUGAUAUGGAGAGUGAUGAGCAAGGCUCGACCAAACUGCAGGAUAUGCGGGAGGCGAGGAUACGCAAGGCUAGGAAACUCGUCAAGAACGCUAUUGCUAAGAGCAAAUCCCGGAAUGCAGAACCGAGCGAUUUGCCACCAACGCCACCGACAUCAGUCUCGGGUCCGCCAACGCCACCAGCAACCACAUCCUCGGGAAUAUCCGAAGUCUCGGUACCUAGUUCGCUCGAACUUCAACUGGCAACGCCAUCCACGCCGGCCGACACGUCGGGCGACGAGACGAGUUCUCGUGGCACGUUAGACUCGUUUAUACCGCCGCCGAAAGACUUUGAAGGCAAGAACAAUCCGUUCAGGAAUCUUAGUGAACUUUUAGGUGUCGUCACACCAUCGUCGUCGUGCAGUAAUGGUUCAAGCUGCAGUAGCGCACAGUCAACUUUCAAUCCAUCUCCGAUUACACUGCCAUUGCCACUGACACCCGUUAUCUCACAGCCACCGAUCGUUCGGCCUGCGAAGAGGCAACUGUCGGAGAAAGACAUUAUUAUCGAUAGGAAUGGCCAGGUCAAGAGGAGGAGGACACAUAGACGCGGCAGGCCGCCUCAGCAACAGUCUUCGCAGAGCUAUCAGCAAACAGCGAGCAAGACAGCAGCGAUCAUUCCAGCACGCAAUAGCGAAGUGAAAAACACUGAGUUCAAUCGUAACCUGCGAAGCUCUUUUAGCACUCCAUCGAGCGAUCAAAUCAGCAACUGCGUUGACUACGCAUUGAAUGGUCGUCGUCUACGUCAACGUGGUCCUAGUACCGAUAAGUUGCUACCACCGCAAAAUGAGUCGAGCAACUCGUCGUCAGCAACACUGCCAGCAGUAUCAGCAACCGUCAAAAAGUCACAGCCGUGUGGCAAUUGCAGCGGUAGUAUGCCAAACUCACCGACAAAGUGUUCGCCUGUCAAGCAAAAUGCACCGGACAUCUCCAUAGAUGACCUGAAGUCCUCUGUCAACGUGUACUUUGGCGCUGCCAAUAGGAUUGCUUCUGGCGAGAACUUUACAAUCAAGGGCAAAAGACUUGGUCCAAACGGAUGUCCGCAGUAUCUUAUCGAAUGGGAUAGUCCCAUGGCGUAAUUGAACGUUCGUUUCUUCAUUUCACUUUUCCUCGAGACAGAUCUUUAGUAUUAUAAGCUGGGUUGGGUGAUUCGAGUGUUUACUAUUUGUUUUCGUGAAUUUUUCAAUUGUUCGAUGCUUUUUUUUUCUUGCAUAAUGAAUGGCAAAAUAUUUGAACUUUUUGCACAGUUUACUUUUGUUCUUAACGUUACAUGAUAACGAUAAAACAAGAUCUGUUUUAAUGAGACUUUGGGAAUCCUUCAGAACAAAUUUACAUUGCAUGAUUGAGUUUGUCAAAGUAUUUUGUCGCUGGUCGACCUAUCUUUAUUCUAUUUUUGUCUAGCUUAAAUUUUUUUGUUUUUUAUAAAGUACUUACCGCAAGAAAUUUUAUAUUAUUCACGUAUUGUAUUGACAACUGGUUAACAAGAAAACCGUCCACCAAUUGGAAAACAUUCUAAAUUUGUUCAAAAGCAUUUUCCGAAGAUCUCGUUGUUUGUUGCGGAUAUUUAGCUAUAUUGUUCAAUUGCUUUUUCAGUAUGAAAACCGAUCAAGUAUGCCACUAACUUUAAUGUGAUGUAAUUCAGCGAAUUUUCAUAAAAUGAAAGUCAAACGAUAGAAAAAAAUCAAUAAAACUGGUCGUUCCUCUGAAAGUUAACGGAUGUAAAACUUAAUAGAUACAAAUGAAAAUCGAAUUGAAAUCAUUGGAGAUUAUUUUUCGAUACAAGUGUAGAAGUAGUUUUUGGUAAUAAUGCGAAUGUAGGUUGUUUUAAACUCAAGUCGAUCCAAUAUCUUUUUCAAGUUUUUAAUGAAAGAAUGAAUCUACAGGAUCAAAAAUAUUUAUAUUCGUAUACUUGUACAAAAGUCUUAUGUAAUCACGCGUAAAAUAUAACCAAUGGUUACCCUUUUGUAAAGAAGCUGAAAUCAUACUUUUCGUGAGUUUCGAACUGUAUUUGUGCAUUUACUUAAUCUGACAAUUAAUGCACCUUUAUGAGAAAAAUAAGAUUUUACUUUAUAUACAGUUUCUAUAAAUGAAAAUUUCUUGGAUAGUUUAUUACGACUGUAAUUGAAUUGAGAAAACUUUCAUAGUAGCAUGAAUUAUUGUGUAUAUUCAAUUGUUCGUAAUGGGAUCCUGUCGUGAUAAUCUUCAAAAGUCGUGAAAUACUUUUGUAAAAGCAUGCUACCCUUUUCCUACGCUAACUUAUAUGUAAAAUCUGCUCUUUUAUUUUGUUCUUAAUUUUCUUUCGAGUGUUCUUCAAGCUUUAGAAAGUCGCAACCUAAUUUUUACAAGUACUUUUUCUUGUUGUUUCAACAGCCAUAAUUGAUCACGUCCUGGUAAUAUUUUAUGUAUAAAAUAAUGUUCAAUUCCGCCAAGGGAUCGUAGAUAUGUAAAAAAAAUACCACAUGUUAAGACAACGAGGCAAAAAGAAAAAUGGUAAAGUUCACACUGCCUAAUUAUACAAACUCUUACUUAUGUGAGAGCAAAAAUCCGUAAUCCAGCGAUAUUGUUUCUUUAUUGUAUUUUUUAAAUUUUAGGUUCUGAUUAAUCUCGACUGUUGUUUAUAAUUAUUUAUCAUUAAAUAUGCUUACCUCAGAGGCAUAAGCUUAGCACGCUUUUACUUAUAGGUGAGAAAUAGAGGAGAACAUUAGUAAACCAACUUGAAAGACCUUUGUACGUAUCGUAUGGUUAUUGACCAAAGCAAAUCUGAUCUGAACGGAGUUUAAAGAGAUAUAUCUCUAAUUGUAUGCUGUCGCGUUUCGGCAAUUGUUUUUUGAGUCGUUAAAAUUUCGACUCGUGUAUUGAUUCCUAACUAAAUUGAAUAUAAUGGUUUUGAAGAAUUAAAAAUUUUAAUGAUUCUUGUUCGAAAAAAAACUAAUUAACAAGUUUAACAAAUUGAAAAAUCAUAUUAACUGAGAACAUAUCAUUGUAAUAUCCAAACUGAUUUCAAUGAAGUAUUCUCAGUGAAAAAUUAUCGGCUAUGAGGUGUUUACAAUUUAUAACAAAAUUUAUCAAUGUAAAGACUAAAAAACUUAAAUGAUUUAGGUCGUAAUUGUUAAGUAGCGUACUCGAAAAGAAAAUUCCAAAGGCUUUCGGGAGCGGUUUACAUCUAUAAAGUAGGAAAUUUACGAAAUGUAUACUGAGCUUUUGCCUCAAAAUUUACGAGAAAAAAUUGAUGACUUGUCUUUCAACGAUUUUACACUCUGUAAAAAUCGAUGAGAGUACAUUAAUACACAUUAAGCGACUUAUUGUCAAGUCGAUCAACUAUGUAAUCUAACAAGUUCGACCGAGUUUUUCGACAAUUAGACGGUUUUUUCGAACUUGUUACGUAAAUAAAAAUGGAAGUCGAAAAAGAUAGACGAAUAAUUAAUACUGCCAGUAUCGUAAUGUAAAUAAUGAUGAUUCUUUUUUAUGUCUAAGAUUUGAAUAGAGUAUAUAGCCAGGUUAGAUAAGUUAUAUAUACACGAUAGCAUUUGUAUGAUUCUCAAAUUUGUACGAAUGUUUGUGAUAAUUUCUAGAGAAGCGAGUGUACGUUUAGUAUGUAAGCUCUGAUGCUGGAAUUGAUUCGAAUGCAUGAUUAUUCCAAAAAAAGUAUAGCUGAAAAAUACUGAAGACUUUUUGUUAAACGAAAUUAUAAAAUUAGCAAAUUUAGGUAUAUGAUUGAUUAUCAGAAAUAGAUUAUUGUUUUGAGGAAUUGCAAAUAAUAUUUGCAAAACUAUUUAGAGAACGACUAAUUUAUUAAAUAUCGUAUGGGUGAUUGAAAUAUUGACAAAAAUUUCAAUCAUGGCAAAACGAUUGUAUUUUGAUUGUCGAAGUUUAUUUUUGUGAUGUAAAAGUGGAAAAUUCAAUUAAUUUUCUUUGCUCGUCAGCAUCCAAUUUCGGACAUUGUUAACAUAAAACAAUUUGGUAUGUAAUUUAUGAAUGCUUGAUGAUUAGUUAAAAUUACGGCAGACGAUCGUUUUCACGAUCAAAUUUUCAUGUAAAUAUUCGAAAUAAAACAUCUCAUGAGGCAACAUAUAAAAUAAACAUAGUGUAUAGUGAAGAUGGUCAGAAUUCAAUACAUGGCAAUUUUCCAGAAAACAAGCCGCCAUUUUUUAUCGCACAAAAGUGGGUAAUUAUUUGAAAAAAGAUGCGUAAUAGGGUGCAGAAUAUUUAAAAUAUAGAUAUAAUUUGGGGGGAGGACGAGCUGCCUUAUGUUAUUGACAACAUAUUUUGUGCAUUUUUUUCCAAAUUCGAAUUUGAAGUUAACAUUCAUUUUCAAUGAUUGUUUUAAUAAAUAUGCGAGUAUACGGUGUUCUUUGUAUAUGCACGUAAAAAUGUGUCGUUUGUAAAGCCAUCGAUGUUAUACUAAAAAUAUGACUGUUUCAUUUUUGUAGUGCGAUUUUAUUUUAUCUUAGCUACUUUAAUUUUUGAGUACAAUGUACAACAAUUACAGGAUAAUUUCGUGAUGUGUGUAUUCUUUUCAGUUAUCAAAUCAUUAGUUUCUUUCUUGAAUGUUUUUUAUAAUUAAUUUGAUUUUGAUUCAAAUAAUUACGCAUGAACCUUAUCGUGUAAAAAAACGUAGUGUACGCAACAAGGAACGAAUUCUAACUUUAUAACGUUAGUAAUUUGAGUGGAAAUGGAAUAAUUGAAGUUAUAGUUUUGUAAUGUAAUUUUUGUUCGCAUAAAUUUUACUUAAUCAUUAAGUUUAUAUCGUAUAAGUUUGAAUUCUGGAAAAAGAAAUAAAGCGAUUUAUCGAUCGACGAUAAACGAGUCGAGUUCCACUUAAUUGUUGUUCAUUAACUCAGUUCGCAUUAUGAGACUGAUUCUAUUUUACUUUUUAUUUGUCAACGAUUCGCUCAUCUUUAGUACGAAUUAAGUACUUCGUAGAUCGUUAAUGAUUAGAGGUCGAUUAUUAUGCAAAAACCGCUGCCACUUGUAAAAAGUAUAAUAAUAAAUCAUUUUACGUGUAGAAUGUGUAAUGAACAUCCUAUAUUUAUUUUGAUUUGCCUCAUGCACGCUCCUCAUUAUUUUAUUUUUUUGUUUCGUUCGAAUUCAUUGCAAGCGAAAAUUAAAGUCACUUACGUAUGUGCACCAACGACGGAAACCUCAUGCGUAUGAGAAAAAAAGAGAAUUGUAUUGUAAAGAUAACGUAUACCUUUUACUGGAAAAACACGUUUGCACAUUUUGUAAUAAUGUGCGUUUGUAAGAAAAGAACAGCGUUUACCAGCCACAGUGAUCUUGUAAGGUGCAAAAUUUUAGUAGAUUUAUAAAUAUGCGGUGUGAAUGAGAAAACGUUUAAACUUAUAUAUAAUUAAACAGCACGAGGAAUGAGAAUCGAGGUAAAUUUAUAUAUAAAUGUAAAGACGAAUCAUGCUGUAACUUAUAAAGAAGACUGGUGUGAUGAUUGUGUAGUAAUACUUACACUUUUUA